CAAAAGUGGGCCGCGGCUCUGAACUCGUUGGUUUUGGAAGCUCGAAGGAUGGGGGAGAAGAUGGCGGAGGAGGACAUGUUCCCCAAUACAACACAUGAGAGUUUCAAUGUCACCCUUCACACCACCCUGGUUGUUACAACAAAGCUGGUGCUUCCGACCCCUGCCAAGCCCAUCCUUCCUGUGCAGACAGGGGAACAGGCUCAGCAAGAGGAGCAGUCAAGCGGCAUGACCAUCUUCUUCACCCUCCUCGUCCUAGCUAUUUGCAUCAUAUUGGUGCAUUUACUGAUCCGAUACAGAUUACAUUUCUUGCCAGAGAGUGUUGCUGUUGUUUCUUUAGGUAUUCUCAUGGGAGCAGUUAUAAAAAUUAUAGAGUUUAAAAAACUGGCAAAUUGGAAGGAAGAAGAAAUGUUUCGUCCAAAUAUGUUUUUCCUCCUCUUGCUUCCACCUAUUAUCUUUGAGUCCGGAUAUUCAUUACACAAGGGUAACUUCUUUCAGAAUAUUGGUUCCAUUACGCUGUUUGCUGUUUUUGGUACGGCGAUCUCCGCUUUUGUAGUAGGUGGAGGAAUUUAUUUUCUGGGUCAGGCUGAUGUAAUCUCUAAACUCAACAUGACAGACAGUUUUGCGUUUGGCUCCUUAAUAUCUGCUGUCGACCCAGUGGCUACUAUUGCUAUUUUCAAUGCGCUUCACGUGGACCCUGUGCUCAACAUGCUGGUUUUUGGGGAAAGUAUUCUCAAUGAUGCAGUCUCCAUUGUCCUGACCAACACAGCUGAAGGUUUAACAAGAAAAAAUAUGUCAGAUGUCAGUGGGUGGCAAACAUUUAUACAAGCCCUUGGCUACUUCCUCAAAAUGUUCUUUGGCUCAGCAGCGCUCGGCACUCUCAGUGGCUUAAUUUCUGCAUUGGUGCUAAAGCAUAUUGACUUGAGGAAAACACCUUCCUUGGAGUUUGGCAUGAUGAUCAUUUUUGCUUAUCUGCCUUAUGGACUCGCAGAAGGAAUAUCACUCUCGGGCAUCAUGGCCAUCCUGUUCUCAGGCAUCGUGAUGUCGCACUACACGCACCAUAACCUCUCCCCGGUCACCCAGAUCCUCAUGCAGCAAACCCUCCGGACCGUGGCCUUCUUGUGCGAAACAUGUGUGUUUGCAUUUCUUGGCCUGUCCAUUUUUAGUUUCCCUCACAAGUUUGAAAUUUCCUUUGUCAUCUGGUGCAUAGUGCUUGUACUGUUCGGCAGAGCAGUAAACAUUUUCCCACUUUCCUACCUCCUGAAUUUCUUCCGGGAUCAUAAAAUCACACCGAAGAUGAUGUUCAUCAUGUGGUUUAGUGGCCUGCGGGGGGCCAUCCCCUAUGCCCUGAGCCUGCACCUGGACCUGGAGCCCAUGGAGAAGCGGCAGCUCAUUGGCACCACCACCAUCAUCAUCGUGCUCUUCACCAUCCUGCUGCUGGGCGGCAGCACCAUGCCCCUCAUCCGCCUCAUGGACAUCGAGGAUGCCAAGGCACGCCGCAGGAACAAGAAGGAUGUCAACCUCAGCAAGACGGAGAAGAUGGGCAACACCAUCGAGUCAGAGCAUUUGUCAGAGCUCACCGAGGAGGAGUAUGAAGCCCACUACAUCAGGCGGCAGGACCUCAAAGGCUUCAUGUGGUUGGAUGCCAAGUACCUGAACCCCUUCUUCACGCGGAGGCUGACUCAGGAGGACCUCCACCACGGGCGCAUCCAGAUGAAGACCCUCACCAACAAGUGGUAUGAGGAGGUGCGCCAGGGCCCUUCCGGCUCUGAGGACGACGAGCAGGAGCUGCUGUGACAGAAUAGGGUGCCACUGUGGCUUCUGGACAGGCAGGGCAUUUGCUGCCCACACAUAUCCAGCAAGGGCCUCCCGGAGGCGUUUGCAUUUGGCAGCCUGUUCAGAGAAAGUAGGGUGAAGUUAUGGCUGCUGAGUCUUCUUAACCCGGAACUUUCCAGGUCUUUGGAGCCAGAUGGCUGCUUCUGAAACAUCUCUCCACUCCUCACAGAGCAGGGCCUCUGCUCUCUGUUACUUCUUGGCCCACAGAUGGGAGUGAGCACCUGUCCCAGGUAACACUUCCCUCAGCUUCUGCAGCCAGGUGAGCAGAGCAGUUAUCCGUCCAGCUGGGGUGCCCACCCGAGGGCAGUGCUUGUUUGCGGUUUGUGCCCUUCCCUUGCCACCACCUUGGUCACAGCCCCCUGCUGGAAUGGGGUCUGUCCCUGCAGGGCGAGUAGCCAGCUGCCAUUAUUUGCCUUUGAGUCAUCAAGGUGCCUGGGGCCUCAGCAGCAGCAAUUCUGACCUAAAUGACAGGGCCCAGAAAUUCUGAAAACCUCACACUCCCUUUUGUGAUGUUCCCUGCACUCCCAGACAAAGAGAAAUCAAGUGACCUUUUUUCUUUUAUCUCUGACUGGCACCUCGCAGCCAUCUCCCCAGGUGGCAGGCAGCUGCUGCCCUUCUCUGGGCAUACUGCGAAUGUUUACACUGGUACUGGUCUCCAGAGCCCCACUGGA